AUGGCACAACAGACCGUCUUCCGCCUUCCCAGCAAAGGCGCCGGCUACGACAAGCUCUCAGAACACUGGGAAGCAGUCCCUAAAGUCCAAGCCCAUGAAGUCCUGCUCAAAAUCCACGCCACCACGCUCAACUACCGCGAUCUCGUCAUCGCGAACGGCGGCUAUCCCUUCCCGGUCAAGGACAACGUCGUCCCGCUCUCCGAUGCAGCAGGCACGAUCGAAGAAGUUGGUGAGGCGGUCCAAGACUUGAAGAAAGGCGAUUGGGCCAUUUCCAACUUCGAUGUCACGAAUCUUUAUGGCCCGCAGCCAAAUUGGCUCAACGGCCUCGGCGGCCCCAUCGAUGGUGUCCUGCGCCAAUACAUCGCCAUCCCCGCCACAGCCAUUGUCAAAAUCCCCUCAAGCACCAAACUCUCUUGGUCUCAGCUCGCCAGCCUCGUCUGCACCGGCACAACCGCCUGGAACGCCCUCUACGGCAAUUUGCCCUUGAAACCAGGCCAGACUGUCCUCUUCCAAGGUACCGGUGGCGUGAGCACGACAGGUCUCAUGCUCGCGAAAGACGCCGGGGCCAAGACGAUUAUCACGUCGUCUUCUGACGAGAAGCUGAAGAUGGUGAGGGAAAAGUAUGGUGCGGAUUAUUGCGUCAACUACAAGUCCACUCCGGAUUGGGCGGCUAAAGUCAAUCGAAUCACUGAAGGUCAUGGCGCGGACUUCAUCUUUGAGAAUGGUGGCUCGGGGACGAUCGCCCAGAGUAUUGCUUGCGUGGCUCGCGGGGGCCAGAUCGCAGUCAUUGGGUUCCUAUCGCAGGCUAAGGAGAUGCCGGAUGUGGCGGCCUUGGUGCUUGAUAAGGGGUGUAUCGUGCGCGGUAUUAAUGUUGGCGCGAAGCAGUUGACGGAAGAUCUUGUUAAGUAUGUCUGUGGUAAGGAUCUCUCGGUGCCUGUCGAGAAGAAUUUCGGGUUUGAGCGAGGACAGAUCUUGGAGGCUUUCAAGUAUCUGGAGAGUGGUGGGCAUGUUGGCAAAGUGUGUAUCGAGAUCGUGAAGGCGUAG